UGCAAAGAGGCGGGGCAACUGAGCGGCUAAGAAGCGGCCAGUGUUUUUCUCAGUUGAUUCUGAACAUUCCCCUUAAAGUGGACAUUAAACUAUUUCUUGUACGGUUUGUCUGCAGGCAUGCUUCUAUCCACACGCUGAAGAUGCACACUACACGAAGCCCCUCCUCCAUCUCAGCGAUGCCCCCGGCACACGCUUUGGACCUCAGCUUGUCCGGCUCCCAACUUUCCAUCAGCAAAAGACCCAGCAGCGCCUCACCUGGGAAAUACUUCUCUCGCUCCGUGUCCGUAUCCGUGGCGUGUGAGAGCAGAGGGAAACGCAACACCGUGGUGAGGAGCACGUUGAGCGAUGCCUUUGGAAGCUCCCGCUCCAUCAAGAACCUGCGGCGAUCCAACAGCACCACUCAGGUUAACCAGCAGGCCCACGCCGCCCUGAGUCAGGACCAGAGCGGCGACUACCUGACGCUGCUGGACAGCGGCGCCGACAGCCCGAAGAAGCUCGGCGGUCUCGGCAAGGUGUCGCCAGACAGAACCACGUGGAACAUCCUGGAUGACCAGCCUCGAGCGCCCACCCUGCUGUCAAGCGCCCGCAGCAGCGCCAGUGCCGACUCGCCGACCAGCCUCAAGAGAAGAGACGCCGGUGCCCCCUUCACUGCCAAUAACAGGAGCAACAAGGGCGCGGUGGGGAACUCGGUCACCCCCAUCUUACACAACAACCACGCGGAGAAGCCACUCACGCCUAAAAGCUCCAACCAAAGGCCGGCCUUCAAUAACAUCCUGAAGGCCACAGCCAAUGACGGAGCGUCGCUGGAGAGCAGCUCCCUCACCAAAUCCCAGAAGAACUUCUCCUCCACGUCUUCCAACAACAAAAGUCCAGCCCCCCAGCGAGGUAGCCCGGUCCCAUCGCGGCGCAAGGAGGUCACGGAGGAAGAGGCAGAAAGGUUCAUUCAGCAGGUCAACCAGUCCGCCGUCACCAUCCAGCGGUGGUACCGACGUCACGCCAGGAGGCGGCACGCCAACCAGGCAACACUCAGGCACAUCCUGGCAAGUAAAAGAAAGGAGUGGCAGGAGCGAGCGGAGGCGGAUGGUCAUCUGGAGCAGCCCAGAGACGACAGGAAACGCAUUCGUGAGGAAAAAGCACGCCAGGCGCGCCUCGCUGCUAUCCAGGAACUGCAGCAGAAGAGAGCCCAGCAGCAGGUCGCCGAGGCGGACGUGGACAAUGGUGGGCCGAGUGGCGCGGUGGGACGCAGGAAGCCGCAGCCGAAGAUUUACCCAAGCACCAGGGGUCCAAACUCACCCGGAAACAUCGGCCCGAUGUCCCCGACAGAUGUCAAAGCCAACAACACGGAUUUCCAUCUGAGCGUUGCGUCCGACAUCAGCGAACUGGGCUUCAGGGCGGUCUCUCCGGUUCUGUCCAAUCACAGAGCCUCACCGUUUUUCCAGGCGCUUGAUGACGAUGACGCCGCAGAAGAAGACGCCGACGUGGAGCAGCAUCAGGACAACGACAGGAAGUUGAUGCAUCAAGCGAGAGCUCGUCCGUCUCUCCUCAGCGGCACCCGGCCUAGCGCUUGUGAUGACCUGCAGCACGCUGCUGAGACGGAGCUGGAAAACCGGAGGCCAACUGGAAGCAAGAUGAUUUCGUUGAGCAACAGAGGUCCAUCUUCACCGAGGAACAUCAGCCCCAUGUCGGCGAUGGACGUCAAAGCCAGGAACACAGACUCCAAUCUGAACGUUCCGACCGACUUCCUCGAGUUCGCCUGCUUCAGAGCCGUCUCGCCACCGUCGUCCAAUCGCAGAGGUUCUCAGUGCUCUCAGGAACUUCCCGUAAGGUCUUUGGGCGGCGAGGACCAGCGGCAGGCAACGUCAUCCAGCAUGGCGUCCAAAUCCACGCUCAAUGACCUACUGGACACGCUCAAGCUGCUGGAGGCGGAACCUGAGCGUCUGUCUCAGCCCAAACUUUACAGCAAAGAAAAAUACGCUUGGACCGAUGAGGACGGGGACACCAACUCUCUGACCGCUGACAACCUGGAGCGUCAUGGCCAGCUCAGCCUGCCGCCGCCGCCGCCGCCAUCGGACGGAGCGGCGCUGCUGUCCGAGGCCAAGCUGCAGAGCAUCAUGAGCUUCCUGGAUGAGAUGGAGAAAUCGGAGCAAGAGCGUCCACGUUCCGCCACGUCAGGGUCGCAGAGAGAGGCCGUCUUCAUGGAGGAGGAACUCGCUGGGAUGGACCAGGCAUCUGCCACCGCCGCCGAAGUGUCCGGAUCCAUCAUGAAGAUCAAAAUGGAGCUGGAGGAGAAGAAACGUGUUGUUCUCAUGCUGCAGAACGCUCUGGCCCAGCAGAGGGAGCUGACGGUCCAACACGUGAAGGAGACGGAGAAGGAGCUGAGCCGCAACCUGCAGCUGCAGAGGGACCAGUAUGAGGCCACGGUCCAGAGGCACCUGGCCUUCAUUGACCAGCUCAUCAGCGACAAAAAGGCUCUGAGCGAGCGAUGCGAAGGCGUCCUGGCUGAACUGAAGCAGGUGGACCACAAGUACACCAAAAAGAUCUCGCAGAUGCAGGAGCAGCAUGAAAUGGUUUGGCAAAUCCUGGGUCCGCUGUGCGAGGAAAUCAAGAAGCUGAAGGAGCUCAUGAGCGUCACCGAGAAGAUUCGGCGAGAGAAAUGGAUUGAUGAGAAGACCAAGAAGAUCAAAGAGAUCACAGUCAAAGGUUUGGAGCCCGAGAUCCAGAAGCUGAUCUCCAAGCACAAGAUGGAGCUGAAGAAGCUGCGCACUCUUCACGAGGCCGAGCUGCUGCAGGCCGAGCAGCAUGGGGCGCAGAACUGCGCUCGCCAGUGUGAGGGCCUCCGCCAGCAGCUGGAGAAGGAGAAGGAGGAGCAGUGCCUGAGGGAGCGGGAGCUGGCCAAGCAGAGCUUGGAGAAGCAGCUCCACGAGGAGGAGAUCUCCCUGCAGCAGCACAGGAGGCGUCUCCACAAGGAGGUGGCCGAGGAGAAGGAGCGGCUGGCGCAGCUGGCGGCCAGGCAGCGCUGGGAGAUGGAUGAGCUGCGGCGGCAGAUGGAGGAGAACGCCAGCGCGGCCGGUCGGCUCCUCAAGGAGGAGCUGGACAAGACCAGAGAGGAGCAGGAGAGGAGACACCAGGCGGAGAUGAAGACGCUGCAGGAACACUUUGAGCAGGACAAGAUGAACUGGGAGGAGGCGUUCAGGAAGAAGCAGGAGGCGGGACUUCUGAGACGCGAGCGCGAGAUCAGAGAGGAGCUGCGUCGGGAACGUGACAAGGAGAUCGAGCUUGCCAUCUGGACGCUGGAGGAGGAGACCAACAAAGACAAGGAGGAGAGCGAGAGGGUGGCUGAAAACAGGGUGAAGCGCGUGCGGGAGACGUACGAGAUGGAGCUGAAGGAGCUGGAGCGCUCCCUUCGGGAGGCGGCGGAGAAGCAGCAGGAGAUGAGGAGGCAGCACUCGGAGACAGAAGAACAGCUGAUGAGCACGCAGGAACGCCUCAGCCAGAGAGAAGAAGAUCUCCAACACGUCACACAGAUCCGGGACCAGAUGCUGGCCGAGCGCCGCGGCCUGACCGAGGUCAUCCGACAGGAGUUUGCCGAGCGCCUUCGCGCGGCGGAGGAGGAGAAGCAGAGGUUGAACGUGGAGGUGUCAGAGGCGCGAGCGAGGCUGCAGCAGGAGGUGGAGAGGGUGACCAAGGAGAAGGAGGCGGAGCUUGAUGAAGUCCACCAACGAGUGAGGUCGGCCAUCUUGAAAAAAGAAGAAUCGGUCAGCGCUUUGCGGAGGCAGCACGAGGCUGCUCUGAAGAGGGCGGAGCACCUGGAGGCCCUGUGGGAGGAGCAAAGGAGACAGUUGCUGGCCCCGCUCCUUCCCCCGUAAACGAGUAUAUGGUGUCACCACCAUCCCCGCCCCCGCCAUGUUUACCUUCCGUUGGGACUGACCCGGGCCAUGAAGUCACCGCAGCUCCGCCCCUUCCCCCCACGGCACCGAGAACGCCUCCGUGUUCCCCACAGAGCGGUUCCAGAUGUUUCCUAACCAGCCCAGGCAGGCCUGCUGAGUGGAGAUGGGUGGGCGGUGGGGUGGGGCGGGGCGGGCGGUGCGGUCACAAUGACUCAUGUGUUUCAUCCCCAGGGGGCGAGUGUCCGCACAAGGAGUAGAAGCGUUCUAGAAUGUUGUUGUUGUUGUUGUUGAGAGAAGAAGAAGAAGAAGACAUGUCGGCGACGGCGUGAUUGAGGAGGUCACAUGUUCACAGCGUGGCCUUCAGGCGGCGUGAAGCAGGAAGAAGAAUGUGUUAAAAAAAAGAGAAAAAGGUUUACGAGGACAGAGUGCCGUGACCAUGAACGGCAAGAAUGUCAGUGAAGGACACAGGGGCCCCGCCCAUCCCAUCCCAUCCUGUGCUGGAAGUGAAGUGUGUCAUUUAGCGUCUAUUUAUUUUUCCAUGGAAGGACUCCCAGACUCCAGAAGAAUCCCAUUUGAAUGUGUUAACUUUUACACUUUAUUACGUGAAGCCAUCUUAAAGGGGAAGUGCACCCGGAAUUCCCGAUCCUUAUGUGAAACAUGAACAUAUUUCUUUCCCUUUUAAGUGCAUUGUUACAUAGUAAAUGUGUUAAUAUGAGCUAGCUAACAGCAGACGUCACCUGA